AAAGUCGUUUGGGAUUCGGCCAUUUUAAAGUUGCGCACUGGAGUAAAAUGGCGUCCUCCAUAGGAACUGUCACACGAUUUCGCUCGCUUUUCUUUUUCACGUCAACAGUGAAACAAUAUGUGUGUAACACACCAGGACGGAUUUUCAGAUCGUGUUUCUCUGGCCGUGCCCAGAGCAGGAGCAGCCUUUUCGAGCACUUUAAGGAGGGCUACAGUGAUAAACCUAAGCUGGACAUGCAGAGAAUCUGUGAACACACCGACCAAGUCAUUGCUGAGUUGGAGAACAGGAAAGGAGAUUUAGGGGCAGUCGAUGUCCGAGCUGUUAUAUCAGCGUGGAAGCAGCUGCAGGAGGUGCAGAAAGAGAUAAACGAGUUGGAGGAACAUAAGAAAAUGAUCAGUGACAAAGUCCGGACUCUUGUGGAGCAGCAUGACAAAAAAGUCCUGUCUGGUCUUAUGGCAUACAAGUCUUUGAGAGAAGAAGGCCGAAGGAUCAGAGUGAGGUUGAGUCAACUGUACUCACGACAGAGUGACUUGGAGGAGGAAUAUUAUUGUCGAGCUCUGAGGCUUCCCAACAGAACACAUCCAGAUGUGCCCAUUGGAGAUGAGAGCCAGGCAAAGGUUGUUGAAAUGUUCGGACAUAAAGCUGAGUUUGAAUUCGAAGCCAAAGGCCACCUUGAAAUUGGAGAAAAUCUGGAUAUCAUAAGACAACGGCGCCUUGCUCAUGUGUCAGGUCACAGGUCGUACUAUCUGAGGGGAGCAGGAGCCCAGCUUCAAAUUGCAUUACAGAACUUUGCUCUUGACCUCCUUCAGAAAAGGGGGUUUAUCCCAAUGGUUGUUCCAGACAUGCUGAAAGGAGUCGUGUUUGAGGGUUGUGGGAUGCAACCUUAUGCACAACACUCGCAGGUUUACUCCCUGGACCCAAGCCGCUUCCCCAACAUUAAUCUUGCUGGAACAGGUGAAGUCGGAGUUGCAGGUUACUUUAUGGACCAUGCUGUGAAUUUGAAAGACCUGCCAGUAAGGACAGUGUGCAGUAGCACAUGUUACCGAGCAGAAACUGAUACAGGCAGAGAAGCCUGGGGCCUCUACAGGGUUCAUCACUUUAACAAGGUGGAGAUGUUUGGUGUAACAGCAGAUGAAACUGGUCAGGAGAGUUCUCAGUUGCUGGAUGAGUUUGUGUUGUUGCAGAAGGAGAUUUUCUCUUCACUCAAGCUCCAUUUCAGAGUUUUAGACAUGCCCACUCAGGAGCUGGGGGCACCAGCCUUCAGGAAGUAUGACAUUGAAGCGUGGAUGCCAGGCCGUGAAAGUUAUGGCGAGAUCUCCAGUGCAUCUAACUGCACUGACUACCAGAGCCGGCGACUGAACAUUCUCUAUGAGAGAAAUGAUGGCAGUUAUAAGUAUGCACACACAGUGAAUGCUACAGCUUGUGCUAUUCCACGCACCAUUAUUGCACUUUUGGAAACACAUCAAACAAAAGAAGGAACUGUACAUGUUCCAGAUGUUUUGCAGCCUUACCUUGGCUUAGAGGUGAUUGGAAAGCCUUCAUACACUCCCCUGAAAUACAUCGGACCAAAUCAGCCCAACCGUACACCUCAUUCCAUUUCUAAAAGCUCCAACUAACAUUAAUUUUACAGUAAUGUUUGUAUGCACAGUUUUUUCUAUAUUUUUUGAAAGCCACAUUCAGGUUUUUGAUUGUUGAGUUUUGAUUGUUGCUGCUUGUUUGUCUCCAAUUACUGCUUUUGAGUUUCCACUGCCCACUACAUCAUUUUAAGGGCCUUUAGAGCCUUUUAUGUGCUGUGAAUAUGGAAAGAUUGUUGCAUUGCAGUUGUUUUUGUUUGUAAUUCCUAUUGGUGUGGGCUAGGCUUUUCCAGUUUAAAGAGUAGGCGAGGUCAUAAUAAAAUUACCAGCUGUGCAGUCGGGAACUGGUAAUCGCAAAAACUUAGUUAAACAUAACAGCACGUAAUGUUCAAGUAGCCGACAUUUUUCUUUGUUGAUCUGCACAGUGUUGACCAGGACAGCGCCAGUCAAAAAGGAAAAAACAAAACGUUGUAUUUUAUCACCUUUUAAUUAUCAUCAACAUUACCAUUAUUUGUAAAAUGUUUGAUUUUACACUUCGUUGUAUGCCUAUUUAAUUUUUGGGGGGUAAAAUUUCUUUUUUCUCUCUCUCUCUCUCGCUCUCCAUCACUCUCUCUCUCUCUCUCUCUCUCUCUUUUGGCCAAAAAAACGAAAACCGUUUUGACAAAUUUUGGCUGAAAUUCUUUGGUGCCAUCUUUAAUAAAUAUAGUAUACUGAUGUUAAAUAUACACUUGUGUAAUGUUUCCAAAGUCAAACAAACACUGAUAGAUUUUAUUUCACAUUAAUGAACUCGAAUUGUUCUCCAUUUACCUCUGCAGAAAGCGUUUGAGCCGCAGGGUUGAGAGUGCAUGAGAUUGGGGAUGGGGGUGCAAAUCAUUACAGAUUCACAUGUCUAUUGACUCAUCUCCCAUUUUACUUGGAGAAAAAUACUGCUCAUUUAGCAUAUGUUUGAAUGGUAACUUGUACUAGUGUUACCUUUCCACAUUUCUGCCUCCAGACUCUCAGAAGAGCCUCCAUUCUCGGAGAGCUCCAGAGCCGGAGUGCAAUAACUUUUUGCCAUUCUUGGGUAAUUUCCAUUUUUUUGAGUCUUUUCCCUUCACAGUGAUAAGUCAGAGGAGAGUGCUGCUGAGUGGAUGGCCUUUGUUCCAGUCAGUUUCACUGUGGGCUAAUGGACUAAAAAAAAAAAAAUGUCAACCCCCACCCCAAACUACAAUAACCAUAAUACAGUGCACCUAAACAUUAAC